AUGUCAUUGUCGCGAAGUCCAUCUCCAAAACCUGGAGGAGGAUGGGCGAGUCCAGGUCUUUCAAGCCCUUAUGCAAACGUCAGUGGAAGAUCUAGUCCGAGUAAAAUGCAAAGAGGAGGUGGCAAUGGAAGUUCGGUGACUUGGGAAUCUGCGAGAGCAAAGAGUGAGGAAGUCAAUGGUUAUCCUUCAUUUUCGACCAAAAACAAUGGUUUCUUUAAUCGACACAUGAGAAAUAUUUCCAACAGUCUGCCCCAUUUUCACAUGGGAGAAAACACGAGUUAUGCAGAAAAAGAGAAACUUGGGCGCGGACGAUGGCUAGGAUCCUCGAAAUUGGCACGAAUAAGAAAUAAUCUCGCGAGAGUCAGUCGAAAAAUGAGGAUGCGAUUUAUGAUUGUUUUAGGUUUUGUAAUGAUGAUAGUUCUCUUCUACUCUACACCUUUACAUUACUGGUGGCGCCGAGCAGCACAUCUUGGAGGAGGUAAAAAGUUCGUUAUAAUACUGGCAGCAAAUCAAGGAGGUGGAGUUAUGGAGUGGAAAGGACCCAGGGAAUGGGCAAUCGAGCGAGAUAGUGUACGCAACAAACGAAAGUACGCAAACAAAUGGGGUUAUGAAUUGGAGAUUGUCGACAUGAGCACCAAGAAAAGAUAUGCGCACGAAUGGAGAGAGAGUUGGGAAAAGGUUGACACUAUCCGAAAUGCUCUGAGAAAAUACCCGCAAGCUGAAUGGUUCUGGUGGCUCGACCUCAAUACUUUUAUAAUGGAACCAUCCUACUCUCUACAAUCCCACAUCUUUAACGGCUUAGCGAAAAAUACCUACCGCGAUAUCAACGAAUAUAACCCACUCAACAUAACGCACCCUCUCCAAUCUCCCUACCUCGAUGCCAAAUCUCGCAGCAUAGUCGGAGACGGCAAAGCGAGCUCCAUAAAUCUCAUAGUCCCCCAAGACUGUUCCGGUUUCAAUCUUGGUUCUUUCUUCGUUAAACGCAGCGCAUGGACCGAUCGUCUUCUGGAUGUAUGGUGGGAUCCUGUCGGUUAUGAACAAAAACACAUGGAAUGGGAACACAAGGAACAAGACGCGCUUGAAUUCUUGUAUAUCAAUCAACCUUGGAUUCGUCCACAUACUGCAUUUAUCCCUCAGCGCAAGAUCAACAGUUUCCCACCUGGAGCAUGCUCGGAUAAUGGAAAUGAUACGCGCAUUCAUUAUGAUGAACAUGAUCGGGAUUUCCUAGUAAACAUGGCGGGAUGUGAAUGGGGCCGAGACUGUUGGGGCGAGAUGUACAACUAUAGAGAGUUGAGUAAUUUCUUGAACAGGACUUGGUGGGAAAGGUUCAAGGAGGAUUUGGUGAUCAAGGCAUGGCAAAAGAUUGCUCCAAAGAAAAAGUCAAAGGACUCGAAGGAAUCAAACGAAUCGAAGCAGUCAUGA